AUGAGCCAACAAGCCACAGACAUGCCAUUGGCGACUCAAGUUGUUACUCAAGAUGUCGCAAACCGUCAAGACAGUGUGGAAAGUCCAAUCUUGCCUUUGACUGGGAGCACCAAUGUGCCUCGAAGAGUGUACCUAUGCAGACAUGCAGAGGUAUGUAACUGCACCAUCCAAACAUUCUCUCGAGAGCUCAGCGAAUCUAACAAAAGUUCUUUAACACAGGCCACAUCCAAAGUCUACAAUAGAUUGACAAAAAAAGAUGACAUAUUCAACGAUAUCCACGAUCCAGGUCUGACCCUGAACGGGGAGAUGCAGAGCCGAGAAACCGCAAAAGUCCUGCAGACUGGCUUAGCGAAGCACAAUGUCAACAUCACCCACCUCCUGGUUUCACCAAUGUCACGCACACUAGAGACGGCAGCUAUCGUUUUCAAGACAGCUAUCUAA